AUUGGUCAUUUGUGGAGAUGGACACCUUUGGCAAUAAGUUACAGCAGAAGGCUCUGCAGCAACCUAAGCAGAAGAAAUCCAAGUCGGCUGAAUUUCUGAUGGGGAGCGAGGAGAGAGCUGCUGUUGUGGGCAUAGAAAAUCUUUCCUUCAAUGGAGAAGGAACCAACGCGCUUUCCAAUUCUACGAGUUGGCUCGGGAGAAAAAUGCGAGGUGACAGGCCAGAUAGCACCCUUGCAGCUCACCAAAAGAAAUUGGAGCUGCAAGCCCCUGCCAGAGAAAGAGGAAAUGAACGUGUUCGAAAUUACUUUGACCCGCCGUCGCCAGAACAGACAGACCCAAGGCAAUACGGGAUGGCUAGGGUCAGCGCCGAAGAUGAGCUGGAAUUAAAAAUACCAAAUUCAGAUGAAAACAGACUGUAUGAAAAAAUGACUGCACUACUGGAUGAAAACGAAACAUUUCUUGACCUACCUGGUACGACGCAAGCCUCAAGGGAUGAGGAGGUGUUUGAGGUGAAGGCGGGUGAUCUGGUGCUUCAGCGGCGACUGCUGCUCCAGAGUGGUGGUGGCGGUGAUGCCUCGGGCUCUGAGCCCUCCCAGGCCCAUACCAUUGCCAAAGCACUGGCAGAGAGUAGUGCUUGGAUGGGAGGAGAGGCUGGACUCCAAUCAGCUAGUGCAGCUGAGGAAGUGAUCCCCUGCUACGCCCAGCAGCUGAGGGAGCGCGUGCGGCCUGACAUGAUCACGCUUGGCAGCCUUUCACUGCAGCAGCAACCAGAUCAGAAGGGAACCCAGGAAUGGAGUGAGUGGGCAAAGAGGAAAAAAAGACUAAUAGCCUUCUUCACUGGCAAUGUCGAGGAACCCAGAUCACACAGAGUCUGUGAUGAAGAAUUAAGACCCCAGCCCAGGCUGAACACAUUGUUUGAAUGCAAAAACCUUGACAGCCUGUCAAUCAGAGCGCUUGGGGAAGGCCGAGAAGAAGCAGCAGCCAAAGGGCCUCCACAGUCCACCUCUUCAGCAUCACAGCCCUUGUGGCAGGACGACCAGGCAGCUCUUGCCCAACAUAUAGAAGUGUAUGUGUGCUGUCUCAGAGCCACAAGAGACAAGCUCCCAAAAGGUCUCUACUCUGUCAGCGUGGGACUUCAGAGUCAUCUAGGGGGUGCUCCUCUGCCCUUGUACACUUUGAAAAAGCCAACUUUGGUAGCUUCUACUGAGCCAAUGGAGCACCAGGGCCGCUUCUAUGAAAAUGACCUGCACAUAAACCAGAGCAUCUUCAUGAGCUUACCUUCUACCUCUGACAUCACCCCCUCCAUGGUUUUGGUAUUCCAACUGAACAGCCUAUCUGGGCAUGGAGGCCAUUUUAGUUCUGUGCUGGCCUGGGGAGUGUUUCCUGUAUGUGGCCUGAGCCUAAGUCUGGUCCAUGGCAGAUUUAAAACUCCUCUGAUCAGGGGGGAGCCCAGCCCACAACUGGACCAGUUUAAGAAAAUUGAGACUAUCAUCUCCUCCGAUCUAGACCACUGGCUGUGCAACCUGUAUUUUCAGGUAAAGAAACUUCCACCUGCAACAUCUGAAGAGACAGAGCUAAAUACUGCCCCAUCUAUACCCCCCUCUAACCCUAAAAUCUUAAAACCUGAGGAUCAUCAUGACCUAACCCUUUGCCAGCCCCUCCAGCCUAGAUGCUUAUCCCAUUCUCAGCUUUGUCCUCGACCUCCUCUUCUCCAAUCUCAGCAGCAUUUACAUGUUGGCCCCAGCAGCAGAGUAGGAGAGUCCACUAUGGUACACUCUUACCAGUGUUCGCCUUUGCACCUAUAUGCUGAUUCGGCUUGCUCUUCUUCAUCUCUGCCAGGGAAGAAUGAUUCUGCAGAAGUAAUUUCAGGAAGUGCAAUGGAGAAGACUUAUCCAAGUCGGGAGAAAGUAGAAGGUGGCUUCCAGUACAAGAAGAAGCCAAUCAAGAAGACAAAUAGCUGCGGCCCCAGCAUGAGCGGCAGAAGUGCGCCGCCUCAGCAGACAGGCAAACCGAAAAUGCAGCCUACAGUGGAGAACCUCUCCAUGGAGGAGAUGGAGGGAUAUAGUUUCUUUUUACAAUCAUCAGCAGUACCAAGAUCUUGUUCUCCAGGACUAUCUGAUCGAGUCCGACUGGCCCUUCGCAUGCUACCGUCCGAGUUGGGCCUGCCGUUGUCGUGGCAACAGCAGAAACUGCACAGACGCUGGCAUGACUCCGUUCUGCAGCUCGGCCUCAUUAUUCUGCUGCUGGCUUUGAUGUGGUUUGUGAGGCUUUACCUGCAUUACUGCAGCCAGUGGCUUUACCUCCAGGCCAUUGCGGUUCCUGUCAACAAAUUUCACUUCUAUGCACACACAGUGGAGCUCAUCUACCAGAGUUCUUUGCUCCACACCCGAGAGGAGCUGGCGAUGGUGGUGGUGGGUCCCCUGACCUUGAACGCUAUAACGUUCCUGCUGGUUCUGAUCAGAUGGGGCUGUCAGCUGAUAUUUGGCUCACUCCCUUCCUUCACGUCAAAUUUUAUCAUGGCUCAGGGAGUGUGGACAGUCCUCGACCCCCUGGCAGUCUUUGCUGUGGAUGCCCUCCUCGGGCACCUGGCCUACAGCCCUGACACACCAGUGGGGGAUGCAGCCAAGCUUUACUGGCACUUCUAUCGAGCUGAUGGAUCAGGUGCAGCAGGAGUGGUCAUCACACUCUUCCUCUAUGCAGUCCACUUCCUUCUCUCCAUUACUAUUCUCACUAUUUACCUGCUCAGAUUCCACAAUGAUGGUCGCAUGUUGGAUAUCUACCAGCGACUCACUGCCAAAGAGGGUGCAUAUUUUGUGCCUGAAGACCUGGAGCUGUCAAAUCAGGAACUCAGCUACAUUGUCAAAAAGGCCGAGCAGUGGAGAGGCUUCAAUGGAGAGAGACGUAAGGUGGAAGUUUAUGACUAUGUAUGGGCAGCAGAAGACUCUCCAUCAAGUUCAGCAGCUCUCAGUCAUGACCCUCAUAUGGAGGGUGCAUUGCCACCAGAGAGUGAGACCAGCACUCAUAUUGUAAUCCAUACGCUUUACCUGAGCGGGCUAAAACAAAGAUACAGACACUUCAUUCGACAGCAUGAUGGGGCUAUCAUUGAGGUAAUUGGAGGAUUGGACAAUUCAACCAAGGAGGUGCCUUGCCUGGAUCAAAGCCCUUCCCGUCAACAGGACAAGGGAGUUGCAAGUGUUUCUCUUCAGCUACAGAAACGAAAGAAAAUGUUUUUUCGGUCAAAUCGUGUGGAGCCCAUGGCAGGAAGUGGAUGUGGGUCGAGUUUUGCACUGCAGGACCUCAGUCAGUAACAACAAAUAACUGCUGAAGAUGUGAAUUGCUGAUUACUUCUUGGGCACUGUUUUUGUUGACAGUAAUGGCUAAUUUGUCUCAACGACUAUACACUAGGCAUCUGUUACUAAUAAGUAAGUAAAGAUUCAUUUGCAAAACAUUUCAGUGGCGAGGCAAUGUGCUUUACAUCAUAAAUACAUUUUAAGAAAUGUGCAGUACAAUAAUCAGUGUCAUUCAAAACAUCUAUCAAUCAAGUAAAGAGCAAAAUAUUGUAAUUAUCGCACAGAAGCAUCAUACUAAUCCUAACAUUGUUCUUUGUUUAUUUGACCUGCUGAUACUUCUGUUUGCAGCAUAUUUAAAAUUGGAUUAGAGCUUUAACAGUUGGUGAUUUUUGUCAACUACUUGGCAGGAAAAUUCAAAGAGGAGUUGAUGCAUUUUUUAUGACAAAAUCACAUUAAGUGGUGGGGCAAAAUUAUUUACAAUACAUCUUGCUGCAGUGACGGAUUUGGUCGUAUCAGGUACAGUAGGUCUAUUCCAGCUUUCAUUGCUAACUGUAGCAUAUGCUUUACUAAACCCAUAGGAUAAGCUAAUAUAGUAAUAAGAGAACAGUUUUGCUAGACGCAUGCACACCACCAUAAA